UCCUACUACCUUAACUACUAGCAGUAUCUCUCGUAUUAGUAUAAAAUCGGUUAAGUAGUAAAAGUUUUAAUAUAAAAUGUGUAAAAAGUAACAAACAAAAAAUAUAAAAGAAGUAUUAGAAAUUAAAUUAAUUGCUUUAUUUAUAUAGCUGUUUUAACAGUGACCUAAUACUUUUAUAAAUCAUGGGGACUCAAUCUGAUGAAGAGCCAAAAAGACGGCAGAGACCUACCAGAAGCAGACAAAGAUCUGAAAGUGAAGAGGAAACAGAACAUCAAAAUAAUAUCUACACAAAGGAAGAGAAUGGAGAAACACCAUCAAGCAUUAAUACUGAGGAUAAAGAAAAUGAAACUGACACGUUUCCUUGCAAGGAAGUUCCUGAGGAGUCUCACAAACCUGCCGAAAAAAAGUCAUCCUUUCAAAAAUCACAUUCAGUUGCACCAACUUCGAAUACAGAAUUGAGAAAAGCUAGUUUUCAAAAAAAAACAGCAUCAGUUGAUGAAAACAACAGGAAAAAUUCUUUCAAUGAAAGACCAGGCUGGUCAUCUUCAACCAAAGUGGAGCAUGAGCGUGUUCCAAUUCACACAGUCGCCCGAAAAGAAUCAAUUGAUACAGAAGAAAAGCAUACUACAUCUUCAUUGCGUGCAAAUUGGGAGAGAAAAGCAAGCAAUAGCACUCCCAUAAAUAAGACUAAAGCGUUUGGCAGCUCAACAGGAGCAGCAGUGAUGCGUGCACAAUUUGAGAAGCAAAGGUCAAACAGUUAUUCUAGAAAAGAGUCUGUUGAUUCAGAGGAUGCAAAGCGACCUAGUGCUUCAUUAUUAAAAAAUAGGUUUGAAAAAAUGAACACUGAACCAGUUGUUAAAAGAAAUUUUGUUAUUAAUAAAGAUAACGCUAACUCCGCUGUAAAAAAGUUUCAACAGGGAAGUGCGAGCAGUUCAAAAUGCUUUGCUUGUGGAAAGACUGUGUAUCCAGUAGAAAAAUUGGAAGCUGAUAAAAUGUUAUUUCAUAAGUUCUGCUUUAAAUGUGUCACGUGCAAUAGAACUGUUGGACUUGGAAAUUAUGCUGCGCUAGAAGGAAAGAUAUACUGCAAGCCUCAUUUGAAACAACUGUUCAAACUUAAAGGUAAUUAUGACGAGGGGUUUGGUCGCGAACAAAGGAAGUCUGAUUGGUUGAAAAAAGAUAAUCCGACUGAAAAUCGAUCUAGCAGCUCUGUAGAUAGUAGUGUUUGCAAUAGUGCGGAUAGAAAUGGAGACAUUGGAGAGGUGAUUGAAAAUGGAGAAGAGUAAAAAAGGAGAAAACAAGCGGGAGGGGGCUAUUUAAACGUUUAUUUGCAUACCACUCGAUGUAUUGCACGAAACUACUGGCUACACGUUAUAUAUUUUAAUAGUUUUUUUUACCAGGAUGUUGAAUAGUUUUUAAAAGUUUUAUUUGACCCUGUUUGUAUUCAAAGUGUUUUCUCUAAUUUCUCUAUUAUGAUCGGCAUAAGUUUUAUAGAUUGGUUUGUGCCUCGAUGAAUAGCGAAUUAUAACGACGAAUAUUUUGUGAAGUUUAAAAUUAGUAGUUUUGGGUACGAGAAUUUCUUGAAAAUGGGUUGUUAGCAAUUUGAAAUGGUUUUUUGCUUUUUUAUUUUUAUUUUUUCGAUUAUCUAAGAAAAUUAGUAACCUUUGUAUAUGAUAUGACAUUUUUAACAGAUUUUUAUUCGUUA